CCGCGCACCCGAGUGUGUAUAACAAUAUCUCAUUAUACCUAGAAAAUUUAAUAGCAUGAAGUCGAUUUUAUCUUGAGAGGAUUAAGCCUUGAAGAGUGAGUAACAAUGUAACACCAAUACCAACAAGAUCUAUCGUAUUUUUUUUAUUAUUUUUUUUAGAGAGGCAUAAAGAUGGGUGAUGAGAAUCAAUACUAAAAUCCCCUAAAAUUGGAUCAAUUCCGUCACUCUUUCACCAAAGAAAUAAAAAUAAAAGAAGGAUGGAGGGAGGCAAUAGAAAACGUGAUAAAAGGAAAAAAAAAAAAAAUAGGUCUCAUUAAGUCACUUCCAGUCUUCCAUGGGAUUCAAUGUUGGCAAGUUUGGCCAACCACCGGAAUCACAUUAUUCACAUAUGAUAUGUUUAAACAACUUUUUUUUUUUUUUUUUUUUUUUAAUAAGACUAACCAAAAGAGGAUUUUAUUAGAUAAUUUUUUCACACAUUUUUCUAUAAAGAAAAUGUAUCAAGUCAAGUUGAUAUUUUUUUAAUUAGCAAUAGGUAUAAAUUAAAUAAAGUUGAUAUUUGGAAACAACAAUACGGAGUAGUAUACAUACAUUGAGACUAUUUUAACUAUAGACUAUAGAACAUAAAUAUUGAUCAAAAUUAUGUAUAUAAAUAGUGCUUAAGUCAAAUUUACACGCUAGGCGCUAAAAAGACACAGGACUAGAGGGAGCACAAAAGAGAGAUAUUUGCAUUCCUGGUGGACAUCCAUCCUCAAAAUUGUGCAUGGGGUACAUACUCUGACACAUAAUCCCAAACUACCAACUAAGCCAAGUGUUAGGCUUUUAGACAUACACGUGCAUACCCUUAUCUCACUGUCCAACCUUCUAAAUUCCCACAACCAAUAGGACCUCUUCAUUCUAAAUUUCUGAUUAUUAUUACCCAAAAAAAAUUUUAAAAAAAAAAUUAAAAACAAACAUUAAAAAAAAGAAAGAAAGAUAGAGAACAGAUUUUUGCAAGAAUCAUCUUUCUUUCUAUCUUUUGAAAUAUGCAGAAACUAUGAAUGUUAAAACAAAAUUUUGAGGCACAACCCAAAAAAAAAAAAAAAAAAAAAAAAAAAAAAAAACCAGAUGACAAUAUACACAACUGAACUAUUCCCUAAUUGCCUUCCCUAUAUUACAGAGCUCAGAGUACCUUCGUUGCAUUCAUAUCAUCAUAAUUGUCCAAUUACCUGCAAAAAGAGCAUUCCAAAUGAGAUUUACUACAGAAAUAUACCAAAAAUUCGAGCAUAUUCUGUCGAAACUCGACCGACAUUUUCGCAACCAUUUGAUCUCAAAGAGACACAGUUGCUAAAAUCAAUCAAGAAGUCAUAUAAAGCAGGAAACUAUAAUGAGGCUUUCUAUUUUCUUCAGAGCAUGGUGAGCAGGGGUUAUCAGCCUGAUUUAGUCCUCAGUACAAAGCUCAUUAAAGGGUUUUUCAACAGCAAAGAGGUUGAUAAAGCAAUAGAGGUGAUGAAUAUAUUGGAAUCGAAAGGCGAGCCGGAUUUAUUUGCAUAUAAUGCUAUGAUCAGUGGUUUCUGCAAGGUAAAUAGGAUUGAAGAUGCUAAUAACCUGCUUAAUAGAAUGAAGGCUAAAGGAUAUUCACCUGAUAUAGUCACUUACAAUAUCAUGAUAGGUAGUCUUUGUAGCAGGGGGAAGCUUGAUUUGGCCUCGAGAGUCUUGGAAAAGUUAUUGAAAGAUGAUUGUCAACCAACUGUUGUUACCUACACUAUAUUGAUAGAAGCUACUCUUAAUGAAGGUGGGACUGAUGAAGCAAUGAAGGUAUUCGAUGAUAUGCUAGCAAGAGGGCUCGUGCCCGACGUGUAUGUCUACAACACCAUGAUUAGAGGGAUGUGCAAAGAAGGGUCAGUGGAUCAAGCAUUUGCUUUUAUUCGGAACUUACCCUCCCAAGGUUCUCAUCCAGAUGUAAUCUCAUACAACAUCCUGUUACGGGCGUUACUAGACCGAGGGAAAUGGGAACAAGGGGAGCAAUUGGUGAGAGAGAUGCUGUCUCGAGGAUCUGAGCCUAAUGUUGUCACUUAUAGCAUACUGAUUGGUGCAUUAUGUCGUGCGAGCAAGGUGGAGGAGGCUCUAACAAUGCUGAAGGUUAUGAUGGAAAAAGGCCUAAAACCUGAUAACUAUAGCUAUGAUCCUCUUAUUUCAACAUUUUGUAAAGAGGGGAAAUUGGAUUUGGCGAUUGGCGUUUUAGAUCUCAUGAUUUCUAAUGGCUGCUUGCCUGAUAUUGUCAAUUAUAACACUGUUUUGGCAGCUCUGUGCAAGAAUGGGAAGGCUGAUCUAGCUCUAGAGAUUUUUGAUAAGCUUGGUGAGGUGGGUUGUGAUCCAGACGCAAGCUCCUACAACUGUCUGAUAAGUGCAUUAUGGAAUGUCGGGGAUCGAACAAGGGCUAUGAAAGUGGUAGAAGAUAUGUUUAAGAAUGGGGUUGAUCCUGAUGAGAUUACUUACAAUGCCCUUCUAUCCUGUCUUUGCAGGGAUGGGAUGGUCGAUGAGGCUAUGAAAUUACUAAGGGACAUGGAGAACUUUGGCACAAAACCAACAGUUAUUAGCUACAAUAUGGUCCUACUUGGCCUUUGCAAAGAACGUAGGCUGACAGAUGCAGUUGAAUUGUUGGGACAGAUGGUUGAAAAGGGUUGUCAGCCAAAUGAAACAACUUAUAUUUUAUUGAUUGAAGGGGUAGGAUUCGCAGGGUGGCGUGACGAGGCUAUGGAAUUGGCAAACACCCUAAUGGAAAUGGAUGCAGUUUCCGCUGAAUCUUUCAAACGCUUGAGUAAGGCCUUUCCAGUUCUUUCUACACAGAAAGAACUUGCAGCCUCUGGAAUAUGAAAGUAUUCCAACAACAAAAGUGAUAUGUGAUAUUAUGUCAAUAUGUCUAACUAUAUAAGCCAAUGUAUAUAAACAGCUCUUCUUGAAAGCCCAAAAUUCCAUACAUGUUUAAUGAUGGCAACUAGAAGCUUGUCAUUACGCUGUCAUUUACCAGAAAUAUUUCAGCAAAAGUGUAAAUAUUUCACUUUCUACUUUUACCACAUGUACUGCCCUGUAAAUUAUGUUUAAAAAUUUGAAGUCACAAGUAUAUGUGUA